AUGGAAGCCUGCCUCAGGGCACACGGGAGGAGACCCACAGUCGGCAAGACAUCAAGGUGGCAGCAGAGGUGGCAGCGAUUCCAGCAGAUCUUGCUUGCAGGGGCUUCAAGGACUGCAGUUGUGGAUCGCCUCAGGCACGGGUGGCACGAUGUUCUAUGGCCACCAUGGAGGCCAGAGUGGCGCCGGCGGCUGCUGUGUCUGUGUCUGCAUUGGCUGUCCAGACCACUGAGAUGCCCCAGUGGUGGCAAUGGCCGAGCUCUGUGUGAAGAGCAGGCUGCCAACAUUGGGGUCCGCAGCCCUCAAGGAGAGAACAAGACCAUCCUUGUGGAUACAGAUCUUCCAUCCCUGAAAGGGCUUUACGUGAUGGGGACUUUAGACUUCCCUGUGGACAGAAGCAAUGUUCUGAGUGUAGCAUGCAUGGUUAUUGCAGGCGGGGAACUGAAAGUCGGUACUUUAGAAAAUCCCUUAGAAAAAGAACGGAAACUUCUAAUUCUCCUUAGAGCCUCAGAGGGAGUCUUUUGUGACCGUUUCAGUGGAAUGCAUAUUGACCCAGGAACAAUUGGGGUUUAUGGAAAAUUUCAGCUUUACAGUGCUUAUCCUAAGAGAUCCUGGACACAUCUUGGAGCUGAUAUUGCCUCAGGAAAUGAGAGAAUUGUACUAGAGGGUGCUGUGGAUUGGCGACCCCAUGACAAAAUCGUCCUUAGCUCCUCUUCUUAUGAACCGCACGAAGCAGAGGUCCUCACUGUGAAAGAAGUCAAGGGCCACAACGUUAGAAUCCAUGAACGGCUCAAACACCGGCACGUUGGAAGUGUCCAUGUCAUGGAGGAUGGCCGGAACAUUCCUUUAGCUGCUGAAGUUGGACUGUUGACCCGAAAUAUACGAAUUAAGCCUGACACCUCAUGUAGUGGGAGAAUACUUGUGGGGUCCUUCAGAAAGUCCAGCAGAGAAGAAUUUUCAGGUGUCCUUCAGCUUCUAAAUGUAGAAGUUCAGAACUUUGGAUCACCAUUGUACUCAUCCAUUGAUUUUACUAAUGUGUCAGCAGAUUCCUGGAUAAUGUCUUCCACCCUUCACCAGAGUUGCGGUGGGGGCAUUCAUGCAGCUGCCAGUCAUGGAGUACGUUUCAAUGACAACAUUGUGUUUGGCACAGUUGGCCAUGGAAUUGAUUUGGAGGGUCAGGCCUAUUCUCUCACAAAUAACCUUGUGGUUCUGAUCACACAACCAGCAUGGUCCACCAUUUGGGUGGCGGGAAUCAAAGUGAACCAGGCGAAGAAUAUCAACCUCUAUGGCAAUGUUGUGGCAGGAUCCGAGAGACUUGGCUUUCACAUCCGAGGCCAGAGCUGUUCCUCUUCUGAAGUGCUUUGGUCUGACAACGUGGCCCACUCAAGCCUUCACGGCCUCCAUCUCUAUAAGGAAAGUGGAUUUGACAACUGUACUAGUAUCUCUGGCUUCUUGGCUUUCAAGAACUUUGACUAUGGCGCCAUGCUACAUGUAGAAAACAGCGUGGAGAUAGAGAGGAUCACUCUGGUAGACAAUGCAAUUGGUCUUUUAACAGUAGUAUAUGUGUCUUUUGAACCACAAAGCUUAUUCGAAAAUGUGCAGAUUGUGCUUAGAAAUUCGAUCAUUGUGGCCACCAGCUCCUCCUUUGACUGCAUUCAGGAUAGAGUAAAGCCUCACUCAGCAAACUUGACAUCAACAGAUCGAGCUCCCUCCAAUCCAAGAAGGGGUCGAGUUGGUAUUCUGUGGCCUGUAUUCACUUCAGAACCAAAUCGGUGGCCUCAGGAGCCAUGGCACAAAGUGAGGAAUGUCCAUUCGAUUUCAGGAAUCAUGAAACUUCAAGAUGUCACCUUUUCUAGUUUUGUGAAGAGUUGCCAUAGCAAUGACCUGGAUGUCUGCAUUCUGCCAAAUGCAGAUAACACUGGAAUCACGCACCCAAUAACAGCAGAGAGGACCAGGAUGCUCAAGAUGAGAGAUAAAAACAAGUUCUAUUUUCCUCCAUUACAACUCAGGAAAGAUGCAGGAAGAGGAGUUUGCCCUGAAUCGGAUUGUGCAAGUCCAAGAAAAUAUCUCUUCAAAGAUCUGGAUGGGAGAACCCUGGGUCUGUCUCCACCAGUUUCUGUGUUUCCCAAAACUGAGGCAGAAUGGACAGAAUCCUUCUUCAACACAGGUCAGUUGCGUUUGAAUAAAUACCUGGCAGCAUAUGUGUGA